AUGUUGCAGCGUGCUCGCCAAAGCGUGCUGACGAGGGCACUAAGCACGGCGGCUAGAGCGCCGCUGUGUGUGGCGCCUGUGCCUUUCCGUGGGCUGUACGCACUCGAGGGGCGGGAUACGUUCAAGUUUCUGCAGGGUUGUAUGACAAACAAUGUCACGACGCUCGAGCGUUGCAUGGCAGAACCACCGGCGCUUGCGCAGCAAUACACGUUUUAUACCGGGUUUUUGAAUCCUCAGGGGCGAGUGAUUGCCGAUGCGUUCUUGCAUUUGGUCCCUGGCGCACAAGAGCCGAGCGUGUUGCUGGAGGCGGAUACGCGCGUGAUGCCCGAACUGAUCAAGUUCCUGCGGCGGUUCAAGCUGCGCUCCAAGUUCCGCAUGCAGGACGUGUCUGAUGACUGGCAGGUGAUGCAGGUCUGGGGUGCACGGCAUGCGCCCGAUCAUCCUGCCGUGGCCGCGUCCGAGGCACUUAUUUACAAGGAUAUACGUGCACCGACCAUGGGGUGGCGAGUACUUGUAUUGUCGAGCAAAACGCCGCCGCAGCUUCCAGAGAUGCACGUCGUCUCUGCAGAAGAGUAUACAGUACACCGCAUGCUUUGCGGCGUGCCCGAGGGCCCCGAUGAAAUUAUUCCCAACUCGAGUCUACCGCUGGAGAGCUGCAUGGAUUACAUGCACGGCGGUACGUUGCGCACCGCACUAACCAAAGUCGACUUUCGAAAAGGAUGCUAUAUUGGCCAGGAACUUACCGCGCGUACCUACUUCACAGGCCUGACCCGCAAGCGGGUCAUGCCGUUCAUGCUGACGCACAUCGAUUCGCCGCGGCCGACGCAAGUGGCUGUCGAGUCUGCAUGGCAGGGGUCCGCUCCAAAGAGCGGCUCAGAUCUGCGGUUUAAUCUCGGCGCGAAUGCUGGCGACGAAAAAAAGAAUGCGCGCCCUGCACGCACGCGAUCUGCCGGAAGGUAUUUAAGCGGGAUUCACAACCUUGGCCUCGGGCUCUUGCGGCUCGAGCAGGUCGACAAGACGCACGAGGACGACCGGUCCUUCUUGUCAGUGCAGGCAACCGAAGAUCAACCCCUGAGAGUCACGCCAUGGACACCGGACUGGUGGCCAGAGGCCAACGACACGCAAGCUGCGAAAGAUGCAUAG